GGAUAGCACUAGACUGUCAAAUGUCUGAUUAUCAAUGUCAUAAUUUGAUAAGAGGAUCAACUUAUCAAAACAAAAAUAUUUUCGUCUUGCAUUUUUUACGACUGAUUUCAUAUUGUAAUUUAAGCCGUCAAUUUGAAUUUUCUUUCUACCUUGAGGAGACUGGUGUCAGCUCCAAAAUGCAUUUGAAUGCAGAUAUAUCCAGUGCCCUCCAGUUAUUGGAAGACAUCAAACAGACUGUGGACGAAACUGGGGAUCCAAAACUUCAAGUGAAUGUUCAACAGGACCUAAACCUCCUCAUUUCAGUAUUGGAAAAUCCCGUUUUCAGAAGUAUAGUGACAGUACAAGACUCUCUCAGCGAGUUGAAUCAGCAACUAGGUCAACACCCAUCUAUACUGCCAGUGGAUUUUGACAUCACUGCCUCUGGGGAGCUAGUAUUAAAUGUACCCCCAGCUGGAGAAUUAUAUGAUCCAGAUUAUGUUGAUGAGUAUGCUCCAAGUAGGGAUUUUGAUGAACAAAGGGUACCAUCAGCUCCAGUAUCACCUAGUUCCCCCCAAGUCACAGCUUUCGGUAUGGCUGAUAAUAAGAUGAUGCUUUUGAACAGCCAGAAACUCAAUGGAGCCUUGUGUAAUGACACGGUCCGCCUAAUGCAAAAUAACUCUCUGUAUAAUGCUGUUGAUGAAGAUAUGAUCCACCGUUCGCCAUCAAUUGGGAGUGAUGCUUCAAAAACAGGCUCAGAUAAUCUGAUGAGCAGUGAAUGGUCACAAGUGGAAAGCAUUGACUUGAUAAAUGAUGGCACUGGACUAGGAUUUGGAAUAUUGGGAAUGAGAAAUAUGGGUGUUGUUGUUAAAACCAUCCUACCUGGAGGAGUAGCUGAUAGAGAUGGAAGGCUCCAAAGUGGUGAUCAUAUUUUGCAGAUUGGUGAUGUCAACUUACACGAAAUGAAUUCCGAGCAAGUAGCGACUGUCCUAAGACAAUCUGGAACCCAUGUCAGGCUUGUAGUAGCAAGACCGGUUGAUAUCACUUCUACAGAAUAUAAGUACUUGGGAAGUUCUGCUCCUUUAGUACCAACAAGACUACUACAUGACCCUGUUGAGUUGGAUAAGUACUUGAUGCAGCACAAGUAUCCACCAAUAUUUCAGAAGAAUAUCGAACAAAUAUCAGAUUUAUUUUCUAGCGACAUUUCGAAAUCCUACAGUAUUAGUGGUUUGUCGAGGGUACCUGCUUCACCAUCUCUACCUCUUUUGAACUUAGAUAUGGCUGUUAAGAUGCCUGAGAUGGAGAAGUUUGUUGUGGAGUUGAGGAAAGACGUGAAUGGUUUAGGAAUCACAAUAGCUGGAUACGUUUGUGAAAAAGAAGAAUUGUCUGGAAUAUUUGUGAAGAGUGUUAGCAAGGGCAGUGCAGCUGAUAUAAGCGGAAAAAUAAAAGUGAAUGAUAGAAUUGUCGAGGUAGAUGGACAGUCAUUACAAGGCUACACAAAUUUGCAAGCAGUGGAGGUGCUCAGAAAUUGUGGAAAUGUAGUAAAACUUUGCUUGGAACGAUAUUUACAUGGACCUAAGUUUGAACAGUUGCAGCAAGCUAUAGCAGCUAGUGAAAUCAAACCAUCGUCUCCGCCAGAUGUACCACGGUAAUAGAGAAGCUGUUUGUAUCCCCUGUAAACCUGUAGUUGCCUUUUUCAAUUGUCGACCUUUCCUAUCUCUACUACUAACCUUAUAUGUUGCUCGCUCUCAGUGUGUACUAACAGGGUGUUGUGCUUCUAGUCUUAUAUUCCACUUUUCUAAAACUGUCGUAUUUUAUAUAAAUUUCAGAUAUCUCAAGGAAGAAGGAAGUUUAAAUCUAAACAGCAAUGAUGAUACCAUACAUGCCCGCAAUGAGAUAUUUACUAGCUUUAGAAAAAAAGAAGAUCCUUUUUUAUCUCCAGUUAACGAAGAACUCCUAAGAAAGAAAUGGGAGAAAAUCAUGGGUCCGGGUACCGAAAUUAUUGUGGCUCAGUUAUCUAAAUUUGGAGAAAAAGGUGGCCUUGGUAUAAGCCUCGAAGGUACUGUCGAUGUAGAAGAUGGGCAAGAAGUCAGACCACAUCACUACAUUCGAUCUAUCUUACCCGAAGGACCUGUAGGAAAAAAUGGACUUCUAAAAUCUGGCGAUGAACUUCUUGAAGUUAAUGACCACAAACUACUGGGUAUGAAUCACCACGAAGUAGUGAGCAUUCUGAAAGAAUUACCCAUAAAUGUAUGCAUGGUGUGUGGCAGGAGUCCCAUGAAUUUACUGGCGCAAAGAGAAGACUCAUUCUCGGAUCGAGGUUGUCUAAGCCGGAGCUUACACAAUUUGUUACCAGCUUCUGAUAGACUAGUGAAAGCAAAAUCAGACGGCUCUCUAGCUAGUAGCAUAGCUGUCGCUGGUCCCUCAGAGCAGUCUUUCAGCAAAGCAAAGUCACGCUCGCUCGAACCACUUACUGGGUUAGCAAUGUGGAGCUCAGAACCGCAGAUUAUAGAGUUGGUGAAAGGUGAACGAGGUCUCGGUUUCUCGAUUCUUGAUUACCAAGACCCGAUAGAUCCUAACGAUACUGUGAUAGUAAUUAGAAGUCUCGUACCUGGAGGAGUGGCCCAAUUAGACGGAAGAUUAAUUCCUGGCGACAGGCUUCUAUUUGUCAACGAUACUGUCCUUGAAAAUGCUUCUCUCGAUCAGGCGGUGCAAGCACUUAAAGGCGCUCCAAAAGGCAUUGUUAGGAUAGGUGUAGCUAAGCCUUUGCCGAUCCCUGAUACGGUCGCUCAUAGUUCGUUAGUUGAUAUAGAUGCUAACAAGUAUGUUACUAGCAAUUAUCUAUCAAACUGAAUGUUACACCAACAACUAUUAUUUAUUUUAUGAUUGGAUAUCUUGUUAACCCUUUGCGACCAGAUUUAUCUUUUCAUUCCAUGUUAUAAUCAUAUCGAUUUAGUACUCGUGAAUAUGAAAUGACCCUUCAAAUUUCAUGCACACAACACGAUCACUCAGCUCUCUAUACCUCUCCAGGUAACAUCAAUCCGGUCCUGUCAUCUACACCUCCUAUGUUGCAGCGCAGUUUUACUCAUUGUAACAUUCGAUAUAUGUAUGGUCGUUAUCCUGGAGGAUAAUAAUAUACAGUGCGGCCGAUAUGUAAGUGACUGGUUUGUACCUUGAAUAUUUGUGAAAUGAAAUAAAUACGUUCAUUUUUUCUUCUUAAUCAUCUAUUGAAACUUAGAAUGUAUGGAAAAUAAUAUCAGACAAAUGCCCGCCUCUAGAACCCGCGCAAACCUGAGCCCUCGAUUAAAUUUUCUUUUUUUAAAGUUCUUGAGAGAACAAUGUCUGGUAGACGUCUCAGGGCGCUCCACUACACUUUCACGAACUACCGAUAUUUUCCGGAGGCCGAACACUUCCAGGCAUUGGCGCGCAAUUUAAAUAAGUCGGUUAUAUAUCGGCCACACUGUAUAACAAAAAUGAUGAUGAUUAUUUCCGAACUAUACUCAUGCUACACCGAGUUAAAUAUCAAUUAUAAUAGUAUGAACGUCUCAUUUUUUGAUAGAAUUCAGAACAACCUUGUGCUUGAUACAAGGUAGUCCCACAUGGUAAAUUGCACGAUUUCAUGAGGUGCUGGUGCUGUUCUUAUCAAAUGAGCUAUUUCUUUGACUACUAUUUUAAUGCUGAUAUAAAACCUAAAUCAUGGCAAUCACUGAUCAUCAUGGUAACGUCAGAAUCGCAAGUAAAUAAAUUAUAACUUGGUGGUCAUCCGAGAAGAUAAGCAUGCCGCAAAAGGGUUUAGAAAAAUUUAAUUUUUUUAACAUUGACUGUCACCGCAUAUAGGAUUUGGAGAAUACUAUUUAUAAAACGUAACUCCCAUACAUACAACUGUCGUCAGCAUACUUCAGUAAAGACACAGGUAUACAGGUAUUUUUUUGGAAACGAUUAGCUAAGAUUGGUUGAUGACCUAUUCUUAGAAUAUUUUAUCCUUUGACAAUUUUCGCAAACUAUCACAAAUCCUAUGGAGAGUUGGUUUAAGCAAACAAAGUAGUUUGACAAUAAUUGGUAUCUAGGCUGUUUCACACUUAAUAUCUAUCAGUGAAAAAGUUGCACAAACAAAAGAAAAAUUAUAAUCAGAUGAAUAGAGUUCGCAUUUACAAAUGCAACCAGAAGCACUUGUAUUUUUUAUUGUUUUACAACACUGUACGUUGAAAACCGUUGGGAUCGGGUAGAGGUGAUAUGAUACUCAACAUGUUAGCUAAGCAAAUAGUUGUUUAUAUAAACGUCAGACUAUAUAGCAAUUAGAGAAAGUAGCAUAAUCGGUGAAUCACGUUAUGGCCUAGGAAUUUUUAACAUUAUAUAGAUAUAUAACAAAUAUAAUAUCUGGGAGCGUCCGUUUAUCCGUGUUGGCGCCCCAAAGGUAUUGGCAAAGGCUAAUGGAAUAUUUUCUUGUGGGUGCCAAGUCAUCUAGUGAUUACUUGAAUCAUUCUCACCCGAAUGAGAAAAGAUGUCUCAUAUUCCAAGAGAAUGCUCGGUGGACAGUCAGGACACAACAGCAGAAGCUGUGGCUGUGAAGAAUACCAAAAGGGGCUGGACUGGCAAACCUACAGAAAAUACGAUCGUAAUAUGAAUAAAUAUGAUCAACUCCAUCAUUCCAGAACCAGUAUUAAUUUGUCUUUCUCUUGAUACAAUCUGAUUAUGCUACUUUGCAGAAGAUAUUGAUUGACGCAUUUGUUAGUUUAUAUUGCAUACUGUAUAAACGUUAUUAAUCUUAAUAUAUAUAGAUACAAAUUUA